AUGGCCGUGGAACACAAGCCAGUCGAGGAGACAGACCGCCUUAGUCUCCUGCCAACAGAGCUCCUCAUAGACAUCAUCGACCAUCCGUUGGAGUGGACGCUGGAAGAUAAGGAGCGGGCGGAGUACAUGCGGCUUUUCAAAGAUAUAUUUCAUCCGGGUUUCGACGAUACGUGUGUGGCCGACCAACAACUCGGCGAGGGUUACGAUGGCAUCCUCAAGAUCUUACUUAUGGCUAUAUGCCCUCACCUGAGUAGUGUGAAAUACAUUCUGCGCGACGAGGGCACCAGAGAUGACAGCCUCAAAUGGCUCACUUCGCUCAUCGAAAUGAGUCACCUUGCCGGAUCCUGGGCACCAGGGCUACGCGCUCUUCGUGAGGUCUCCAUCGGAGUGCGCUCCGGAACUUGGCUAGACUACGACCGUAAGGUCAAUCAUCGCCCCGAUCUCCUAGCAAGUCACCUGUUCAUCGACAGCGGAGAGUUUUUGAGUCCAGGGUUCUGCUCAGCCCUCCUCAACGCCCCUCGCUCCCUCAAAACCCUCCGCCUCUGCGGCAACGUCAGAGGUGAUCAGGACUGCUGGCACGAAAUCGACAGAUUCCUGCUCAAAGCACGCAACGCCCAGGCUGAAUCUCUUGAGAGUAUCAUGCUCUACGGAGCGUGGGGGAUGGAAACUGCUCGCAAAUCCGGCUGUGACCUCUACGACAUGUACACGAUACCAGACUUAUGGCAUACACCCGCCGAAGCAGCGCUAGAGUGGAUUAUCUCCCGCCUCCCCGCGUCGAUGGAGGUUCUCUUCUUAGGUAAAUCGGCGGAGCAAAGUGACCCAGAAAAGACAGAGGAUCUCCUCAUCGGCCUUCUCAACUCGGACAGAUUCCCAAAAUUGAAGGCACUUUUCAUCGAGGAUGACGUGGUCCGACGAGAUCGGUGCGGCCGGGCGCGUUGCUCCAACCACGAGCCGCCCAACAAUCUUUACUUCCAGCGCCUCAUAGCCGUCGGCGAGAAGCGCGGGGUCGACGUGGAUUGUACGGCUAGCAGGCCCAGGAAGAGGAUUCACAGCGAAGAGGAUAUCGGGCUCCCUGCUGCCCCGGAUUACACGCCCGCGCUGAAGUCUUUGCCCUUGGACUCCCCGAUCCAUGGUUCCGGCGCGCGAGAGUUCAAUGUGUUUGCGGGCGAGUGGCAGCUCAAGGGGUGCGGUAACUGUGGCGAGUGCGAGAAGUGUUUCCAGGCGUACUCUGAGGAGAGUUGGAAGGCGAGAGGGAAAGGAAUCGAGACAUGA